AUGUUUGGACGUAGGUUAUGGAUCGAUUUUCAAGAUGCAGCUUUUGAACAUCAGUUAUCACUUUCUAACACGACGGAAUCAUGUAAGACGAAAAUUGCUACUCUCCGGAAAUGUUUUCUUACUGCAACACCACAGUUGAUCAUACGCCUUGGCAAUAUUUUGUUCGAUAUAGCAAAAGGACAAUUGGUAAAUGAUCUGGAUUCUGUUCUUCGAGAUCUACUUCAGAGUGCUGAUGAAACUGAUGAGGUACAUGCACCACCUCGUUUUCUACUUUGUGGGUUCCACUUGGUUUUUUGUUUAAUUUCGCUAAAAAGCAUGUUUCUAAUGUUUCUAAAACUUGUCGGAUUAUUUUCUGCAGUGAAACUUACAACAUGCAUGUGGUUAUCAUCUUUCUUCCCUUUGGCUGUGCAGUUGUGGUGAUUACAGCGUCAAAAUGAUACAAGCGAUGACAGCCGUGAAUUAGCAUCGCUUGAGUCGGAAUCACAAGAAGCGAGGGAAUUGAGCAGAUUUAUUCAUGCCGAUUCAGUUAGUCGUUUUGAACGUGGAUUGAGCCGUGAAUUAACACCAGAUGAAGUUCCGAAAUUCGAGCAAGCAAAGCGACAAUUAUCUACUGGUAGAGCAAAGUUGAGAAAGCAACAAACGUUGGAAAAAGUACGUAAUAGGACUGAAGUGAUGGUUGAUGAACAACAGCAACAGCAACUUAAAAAAGUGAAUAUCGAACAUGGAUUAGAAAAUGAUAUUUGUACGAUUAUCGACGGGAUCUUGCCAUUGAUUCGACAACACAGUGAGUUGAUUGCUGAUGAUGGUUUUAUACAACGGCUGCGUGAUGAAUUGCUGCAACAGGCGUCUGUGAUCUGCUUUCCUGAAGAUGUUGCUCCAACGGAUCUUUUUCGCAGUCAGCUGAGCACAAUUAUUGAUGAUACAUUAUCUCAGUAUGUGGGCAGUAAAGUGGGUGAAGUGAGGGAAGAACUCAUUUUUGAUAUUUCCGAAAUUUUGUACAAUGAGUUAACUUUUUUCCAGUUGAUGUGCAAUAUUGAUAAUUUAGCCACUUAA